AUGAUUUUUGCACGCAUUCUAUGGAUAGGAGCUACAACGUCAAGUAGUGUGGCCGUCAAAGCAGUGUCCCUCACUGAUGUCACAGCUCAAAUAACAUCGACAUCUAUAACAUCGCCAGUAUCGACUUCGGUUAAAUUGCCUCAAGUCUCGGUUAAAACUGUAUCGGAACCGGAUGUAGCUUUUCCAGCUGUUUUGAAAGGAUCCCAGAAGCAAAGGGUACCACCGCCGGUCCCGCCGCGAGGUUCGCCAAAAACGAAACGAGGCGGUUCAAACUCGCAAACAUCAAGCCUCGAGACGAAAGGUGAUUAUCAAUUAUACAUAUCAGUAAAUGAUAUACCACCUCAGACACCUUUUACAAGUAGUGACGACAAUUUUGGUUUUUAUGGGCAUGAUUUGUGUUAUAACGCACCCGCAUGCCGUACACCGCCUUCUAUAUCUGAUCAUUCCAUAAAAAUAUCAAAGUUGGUAGCAUCUAAUUCGUUCCUGGGCUACGCUGAAGAGGGGGACAGUAUAAGCGAGAGAAAGAGAAGCAACGAUCUUAUAUCUCAGUCUAAUAUGAUGGCCAAAUUUAACAUUAAGGAUGCCGUCAAAGAGCAUUUAGAUACGGGGAACUACGAUGGAGAUUCCUUCACUGAUUCGAGUGAUGAAAUCAUGGUCCACGAAAUCGGUGAUGACAAUAAGAUAGUUAUAAAUACUCUGUCACAGGCGCAGUUACGUAAAGCAAGGAGCGGCGAUACACCAGACAGCGAUGACUCGGAUCAAUCACCGAGGUAUUCACCUAAGAAAACCGUCAAAAACAAAAAGAGAACCGGUUUCAUAGCACGAAUAAAUACAAUCAAGAAAGCACCGAACAAGAAAGAUCAAACUGACGACAACAAAGGAGGUUUAAUGACUGGUCUGACCAAAAAGUUCACAUUCAAUCAGUCUAUUAAAGAUAAAACACGCGGCGUGUUCAGAACGAAAUCGAAACCCAAGAUAGAAAUAAAAACAUACGCGGAAGAACAUUCACAACAGACGAACAAAGAGGAUAUUGUUUGCGAAAGGAAAGCUAAGGCGAAAAUUGAUCUAUUCCAAAAGCAAAUACUCAAAGUUCAAUCGGAAACCGAUACUUGUUCUGUAACUUCAUCUAGAGAUAGCAUCUCGCGGAUAGAAAGACGAGAUGUUGUUAAAGAGACCAAGAAAAUGUUUGAACAAAAGACCAAGACUGACGUCCCUGUCAAACGGAGACCCAAAAAGGGCAAAGCACCACCCCUGCCUGUUGGUGUUGUGCCCAAAACCGAUAUAAGUGAAAAAAUACGGAAAUUCAAUGUGACUAGAGUUCCCGAACCUAUACCCCCAGUGAUGUCAAGAAUGAAAGAAGUUCCAAAGAAGAGAGAGACUACGGUGCCGCUAUCCUGUUGUUCUACCCCGCCGCCGCCGUUUGAAGAAGCUCCACGAACAUGUCGGACGAACUCUUCCUCAACCACUUCAUCAUCAGCUUCGAGGAGACGAGGCGCGUCAAGUGCGAGCGUCAUGACAACAUCUUCUGCGUCAUCAUUAGCAUUAACACCAGCAGCGUUGAGCAGUGCAAGGAGCAAUGAGGCUAACGUCUGUUGGACUCCGCCCGCCUCUGUUGAAGGCUCCACGCCAACUUGGACUGAAGGAACUCCUAGCUUCACUGAAUCUAGCAGUAGUGAACAAGGGUAUCCUAUGACCCCGGGCCGUGUGACCCCCGGCCGUCGUUCCCCGCGGCCCCCUCCCCCGCCGCGCGCCACACCCAUCAACUGCCUCACUAGCGAAGUGGUACAACAAGUGGAGAUAACGCAUCUGACUUCAGAAACUUCGAGCAUAACAAUAUCUUCGUACGAAAUACAACAUCACGUGGAAAACGAGAAAUAUAGCUAA